AUGUCCGCAAUCUACCCCGCGCACCUCUCCCGCCGCCUUCUGGCCUCCGCCUGUUUCCACGGUCCGUUGACGGUUGCUUCUGCUGCCGCCAACGGGCAGUUUGCACGCGACUCGAGCGGCUGCGGCUUCUGCGCUGUGCUGAUCAUGCUCACCUCGGUCAACUAUUGGCGCCAUCCGCUGCUGGGACCGCGGAGGACCUUCGACAUGGCGUCUUCUGUCGCGUGUUUCUUCUACCAGCUCCGCGCCUCAACCUCCGCGCCGAGCGGCGCCUGCCUCGCCUACUGCGCAACCUCGGCCGGCAUCCUCGGCUGCUACGGCCUUGCGCGACACUACAUGUAUUCGCUCGGCAACAAGCCCGCUGCCUGCCGCUGGCAUCUCAUGGUGCACGGCUUCACGG